AUGUAUGUAAUGUAUGAUAUUUGUAGUUAUAGUUUCAUAAAGAGAAUGGAAGACCCAUUACAAAACAAUAACAAUCAUCAUCAAAAAGAGGAAGAAGAAAUUGUUAAAGAUAACAAUGAUAAUACUACUACUACUGUACAAACUAUAUCAGUAGCUGUGUCAGAAUCUGAGCCUUCUACCGCAGUUAUAGUACCAAAGACAAAGGCACACUUUGAAAAUGGUAAAUGGAUAGACCCAUAUUCAAAGGGUGCUACAAGAUCAUUUUCAGAUAUGUGGAAAUUAGUAUCAGCAAGAAAAGAACCAAAAGCAUUAACAAAAGAGGAAAAAGAGCAUAUACAUCCAGUUUUAAAGAUUGAUCAAGAUUUAUUGAGAACACCAGUUGCCAAGGGAACUGCUAGAACCACUUGGAUUGGCCAUUCAACCUUUUUCGUUCAAACACCCAAUGGAAUAUCAUUUUUGACGGAUCCAGUGUGGAGCGAUCGUUGCUCACCUUUGCAAUGGCUUGGACCAAAGCGUUAUCGCGAUGUCCCAUGUAAAAUACAAGAACUACCAUUGGGUGCCGCCGACUUUGUAGUGGUCAGUCACAAUCACUAUGAUCAUUUGGAUCAUUUUGCAGUGAUGCAACUCAAAGAUACAGUGCAUUGGUUUGUACCAUCGGGUCUCAAAGAAUGGUUUAAUGGAUGUGGUGUCACUAGAGUGACAGAGUUGUCUUGGUGGGAAGAGACUGUCUAUCAAGAUCGUUAUCGUUUGGUUUGUACCCCUUGCAAACAUUAUGGUCAACGUACACUUAGCGAUCGUUAUGCCACUUUGGCUUGUUCAUGGGCAAUCAUUGAUGAAUUGGAAAAUAAGAAAUAUUGGUUUGCUGGUGAUACUGCCUAUUGUGAAACUUUUAAAGAAAUUGGUCAUCAUAUUGGUCCAAUUGAUUUUGCUUUUAUACCAAUUGGAGCUUAUUUCCCAAGAUGGUUUAUGUCUGAAUUUCAUGUUUCACCAGUUGAAUCUGUCAUGAUUCAUCAAGAUAUAAAAGCAAAACAAUCGGUUGGUAUGCAUUGGGGUACGUUCCGUCUAACUGAUGAACCAUAUCUUGAACCACCUCAAUUCCUAAAAUCUGAAAUGGAAAAGGCAAACAUUCCACUUGAACAAUUCUUUGCAAUGAAAAUUGGUGAAACUAAAACUUUACUUCUUUAA